AUGUUAUGUUUGUAAUCAUGGCUGGCGAGGAGAAGAUGGAAGUAAAUCAUUGUCGAGGAAAACCUGAUAAUUUAUCACGCAAAAACAGUUGGAUCAAACUAAACGUUGGAGGAACAGUUUUUAUGACAACAAGGACUACGCUAUGUCGUGAUCCCAAAUCAUUUCUAUUCAGGUUGAUCCAGGACGACCCAGAUUUAAAUACAGAUAAGGAUGACGAAGGUGCCUACCUAAUUGACAGAGACCCCACAUAUUUUGGUCCUGUGUUAAAUUAUCUACGGCAUGGAAGGUUGGUUAUGAAUAAAGAUUUAGCAGAAGAAGGAGUUUUAGAAGAGGCAGAAUUUUAUAAUAUUACAGAACUUAUCAAAUUAGUUAAAGACAAAAUACGUGAAAGGGAUGCAAAGCAGAACCAGACACAUAUUAAGAAUGUAUAUCGAGUUUUACAAUUUUCUGAGGAAGAAUUGACACAAAUGGUCUCUACAAUGUCAGAUGGCUGGAAAUUUGAACAGCUGAUCAACAUUGGUUCCUCCUACAACUAUGGCAGUGAAGACCAUGCAGAGUUUCUGUGUGUAGUUUCAAAAGAAUGUCCAAAUAUAAUGAAUGGAGAAGAAUCAACGGACAGGGCACGGGUUCUUCAACAGAAAGGCUCUAGAAUGUGACAAUUACUGCAUUCAUCGCAGGUACGAUCAAAAUGGCGCCGUGUGUUCAAUCUUGUUCGAGCUGUUCAUUAUUUUUGGAGACAGUACUGAAAACUGGCAUAAACUGUGUAAAGUUUACAGUCAAUAAGGAGAUAAAGUGUUUGAUUUAUCUCUAGAGGAAGUACAAACACAGAAAACAACAUGUAUUUGGAAUUGAUGAGAAACUGUACAAUAUUGAUGAAGGGACAUUUUUUGUGGUUUGAAGUCAAAAGAGGACACUUUUCUGUGUGUAUGCAUGGAAGCACUGACGCAGAAUGGAAACAAAUGAGAGAGUUACCAGACCUCAAGUGUGAGAGCAGUGUAUUGUUUCAUAUAUAUAUAUUUAUAUGUAUGUGUUGCCCAUCUCCUCUGGCAGCUGGUUAUUAUCUGGUCACAGAGAAGUGUCACAAAAUUAUCUUUUGCUGCGGAUGUCUGCUCUCAGAACACAAAAAGAUUUUUUGGCUUCAGAGCAAUGGAUGUUUUCACUUUGGUAAAUUGAACUUUGUCUGAAUUUCUGUAAGUGCUGUUACUCAAGAGGUUGAGAAGGAGGUGGGGGAUUGGUAAACUGUGAACUCUACUCUCUCAUGAAGGGUUCAUUCACAUGCUUACUCCUACAUGUAAAUUGCAAGACUUAAUUGGAGGUCAGAAGUAGGAAUAAAUUUUAUGAUGGAUCUGCUAAUAAUCAUUUGUUUAUGUUGAUGUCUGUUGCUUAUGAAUCUUUGGUCUCUUAAUUAGAUUAUGAAACCACCUUAAAAGUUGCAACAUUUUGUUAAAUUGUUUCAGCCAGUUUUAAGAACUUAGAAAAGCUUAAUAUGUACCUGUAGUAUGAAAUGUUGCAUCAAAGUCCUGUUUAGAGAUCUGUUUAACUGACUUAUUUGCACCUAGAUCUUGAUUCCCAUCUUAGACUUAACUGACAAAAGAUCAGGUUGGAGGUGAAAGGUUUGCAAUUUUGUUAUGAACAGGGAAAAGGGUAAUUCUGUCAAAAGAGCUUUGUCAUCUGUUAUACAGAAAAGAACACAACCUACAUUAAAAGAAAGCAAGGAAAGAAAUGCAUUACACUAGCGCUAAAGAGGUGCUUGUUCUCUGAUUUUUAGUUUAAUUUUCCUUUUCUUAAAACAGCAUUUUUUGUGACAUAGAUAUUGAUUGUUUACUUAAUACAGAUUAGAAGCAUUGGGGCUAGCAGCAGAGAAAGUGCACCAUUUUAUCAUUCACACUUAGUUGUUAAUUUUGAAUUUCUGUGUAUGUGACAGAUAACAUGUUAUUUCUUCCAGUUAAAUCCCCCCCCCAGUAUUAUUAUCAUGAAAACUAUUCAAGUAAUACUAAUCUGAUAACAGAAAAAUGGAUGAAUUCAAACAUGCCAGAAAUUUUUGUUUUAAAUAUGGUGUUGUUUGCUGUGAAUGAACUUUUUUCACUAAUUUUCAGCACUUUCCAUUGGGAUGUCAGUAUAGUUUGUGUCCAUAUGUGUUUAUUGUAGUGCAUAUACUAUGAAAUUGAAAUUAUUGUUUGAGUUCUUCUGGUGCUUUAAUUAUUUAUAAAUAAUUCAGGAUGUGUACCGUAGGGGUUAAGUUUGAAUAACUUCAUUUAGGAACACCUUCUGUGUAGGGACUUCAAUAGACUAUAGACGGAUUGACUUUUGAGAUAUGUGGACAAUUUGAAAGUCUUUUUUCUAUGUGACAAAUGAGCAUGUUUCAGUGAAAAAAAAACUAAUUAACACAUUUCAGUGUUUUAAGGCAGUGUGAUGUAUUAUUGUAUAUUUUGAGAAGCUAAUCAUACAUUUCAUAUAAAGCAUGGUGGAGAUGGAAAAGUCUUAUUUCCAAAUCGGUUCCAGUACACUAUGCUGUGUGUCUAAUAAAUAUCAUUCAUAUGGUGGACUGUCACCUUAGAUAUACAACAUAACCAACAUAAAUUCAUUAAUUGUGUACUAUUAAUUCAGCGUCCAUCAAUGCCAUCGAGUUACAUGUCAUUAUAAAUGAGCAUUUUUCAUUGCAUGUGGCAUUUUAUUUGAUAAUCAGUUGAAAAAAAAAUAAAGUGAUAUUUGUGACAUUUUUA